AUGAAUAGCUCCUCGUUAGAGCUGGACACAGAGCGAAACAAACGGGCCUCUUCAAUCGCCUGCAGCUCUCCGGUUGACAGCAAUGUUCCUGCAUGGACCUUCCCCGUGUGGGCCGGAUCCCCUUCAGAUGUCAGCGGGCCUGGGCUUCUUUCUCACCCUAAUCUCCACCAGGAGGCUAUUCAGCCAGGCAUUAUGGACCCUGUCGCUUUAAGGUUCCACUGUCCCUGUCAGCUGACCUACUCAGAAUUCCUCCCGGAGCCCCAACCCAGUCAGCAUCACCUCAUCAAUGGCCCAGUGCCUGGUCCACUGAAAGGUGGCCAACACAACUCUGUUUCUGCUCCCUGGUCCACCAAUGGACGCAUUCUCUGCAGCAUGAAGCCGGGAGACUUCCAUGAUCCUUUAGCCGGUGUCAGUGUGCCAGAGCUAGCGGACUGUCAGCAGUUUCAGGAGGGAAUGACUGAAUUCACAUCCCGCUUCACACAGCCUAAACGGGCUGCCGAACCCUUUCCACAUGAACUAAACGACUCUCGCCCUUCAUGUCUCCCCACGUCCCUGCAGGGCCUCUGUGGUGUUGCUGAGGAUGGAGGGGUGGAGCCUGUACGGCCUGUAUUCCACACCCUGACCCCCAGUCAACAGAAAGAUAUGAGAGUGUUGGGGAUUCCCAGCCAGUACCAGCAGAGGAGAUCUCCCCUGUAUGAGUCCAGAGACGAGCCGCCUCAAGCCCCCCCAGCACGAAGCGCUGACACUUUGUGUGAGAUGAAAUCCAGGAAACCCUGUCACUGCACCAGAUCCCAGUGCCUCAAACUCUACUGCGAGUGUUUCUCCAAUGGAGUGAUGUGCAUAAACUGUGACUGCUCCAACUGCCACAAUGAUGCAGAGCAUGAAGCGAAGCGCCUCCAGGCGAUUAUGUCGUGUUUAGGUCGUAACCCAGAUGCCUUCAGGUCGAAGAUGACCGGUGGGAUGAAAGGAGGAGACAAAGGCUGCAGCUGCAAACGCUCCGGCUGCCUCAAGAACUACUGCGAGUGCUACGAGGCCAACAUCAUGUGCACCUCCAGCUGUAAGUGUCUUGGCUGCAGAAACUACGACGAAGUGUCCGAUGUGGCCCCCCAAGAGAAGAGCGCCGACGUCUUCAGCAAAUCGCCUGAUUCCGUGAUCACUGUGGCCGUGGUGGAGGCGGUUUGCGGCUGUCUGCUGGCCAAAGCCGAGGAGGCUGAGAGCGAGGCCCAGGGCGGCGGCGGCGGCGUGCACGCGGAGCUCCAGGUGCUGGAGGAGUUCGGAUACUGUCUCGCACAGAUCGCCAAGGCCGCGUCUAAGAAGGACACAAAGUGACACCUGUGAGAGUCCUCUCAGGGUCAAAAAACAGCUGAGCCAAAGAUGAGUGGCUUCAUUUUAGAACAGGUCUAUCAGUUUAUUUAUUGGGUUUAAUAUUUGUACACUGUUCUGAGAAAUGUUAAACUCUUAAUUUCCUAAAUAAAUAGGAAUAAGAAAACCCAGCUGGUGUCUCACUGGCUUCCAACCUUAAGGGUCUGGAGCUGAAGUGUGAACAAUAUAUAGAAGUAAUUCUGCUUCCAUUUCAUAUUUUAUUCUUUGAGUUCUAUUUUCUGCACUUUUAAAUGCUUUAAAGACUUCUCCAUACUGUUUGGGAGAUACGUCCGCCUGUUGAGGUAAAAAACAUUAAACGCUUUUUUCUUGCAUUUUCGAUGUAUGCUGUCUUGAAUACACUGCAAUCUGCUUAUUUAAGCCCAGAGUGUAGGAUUCAGGAGGAUCUACUGGAAUAUAAUCAUCACAACUGAUUUUGUGUAUAAUCAAUCGAUGGAUUACAAUG